GCGCCUUUUCUUGCCUUUUGUGGUGUGAAUGAAAACGCGGGGACGCAAAAGCGGCACCAGCAGCAGCAGCAGCAGCAGAAGAAGAAGAAGAAGAAGAAGAAGAAGAAGAAGAAGAGGAAGAAGAGUGCGAGCGGAUCUGUCAGUGGGUAAACACGUUAGUAGUGUUCAACUUUGGAUUCCUCCGCUAACCUGGCGAGCUCGAGCUCUCUUUUCAUUUGAUUUUCUUUUCUUUUUGCAACACGGAGCUGUUUUUCCUCUCUCUCUCUCUCUCUCUCUCUCGGAGCGGAGAGACUUUUGACUUUUCGUGCCCCCCCCCCCGCCCCCCCCCUCGCGCUUCAUAGGAAAAGCUUUAACUUUCGAGGUUUAAAAAAAUAAAUAAAACGAUCGGAUUGCAUUUUCCCCCUUCAAACAUUUCGGAGGUGAUGUCAUCGAGCUGUGUUUUGGCUGCUAUUGUGUCGAGGAGGCGCAGGGAGAAGCACAGCGGCCGGGCGGCGACCAGCGGCUGAGGCGAGUCCGGAAAAUCAGGUGCAAAGUGCGGCUUGUCCUUUUCCUUUUCCUGUCCGCGCGCGCCAUCCUCGCACGACUCGAUUGGCAGGCACCGACAUGAGCGAAGCCGCCUCGCAUCGCCCCGCGCCCGCUGCGCCUCCGUCUCCCACCUGCUGUGCGCGCGAGCCCCCUUGUGACGUGGCCGAGACCCUCCGACACCUCCGACAGCCGCUGGACCUGCUCAGCCGAGCCUUGUAAUUGCCGCGCGUGCAUGUGCGCGCGUCCACACGGCACGCACGCGUGGCAUCGUUCCGCGGGGCUUUUCGGAGUUCGACCGUCUGCGCACCUGUUCUCGCGUCAUCGGCAGCCCCCCCCCCCCCCCCCCCCCCCCCCCGGCGUGGACAGCCGCUCGAGGUUGCCCCGCGGUCUCCGGCCUCAGACCCCGGUUGACCCGCGGCCGCAUGUUGAUGAUCCGCCGAUGCCAACUGGACUCUUUGACUCUGCCUGACACCCAGCGGAUUUGCGGAUUUGGACCUCUCCGGACUGGCGGACUGGCUCGGGCCGAGCGAGGAGACUGUCUGCGGGCCGAGUUCCAUAGUGGAGGGGGGGAGCGAUGUGGUCCCUUCUUCCCACGCUGACCGUCUUCCAGUCUCUCCUCCGCCAUCUCCCGGUCCCAGAAACGCUGCACAUGUCUUUGCUUCGGCCCCAGCUGUCAGCUGCUCGCUCCUCCCGUAUACACACAUCUGCGUGCAUGCCCACGACGCUGCGGAGGAGUCACCUCGCUAACCCUAAACAUAAACCGGCAGGCAGGAAAAUGAUAGGAGGGAGAGAAAGAGGCGGACGGGAGAAAGGGAGGACAACGAGUUCCAGAAAGAGCGGCGCAGAGAUGAGAUGUAUCCAGAUGUUGCUGGUGAUGUGCAAUCCUUUACAGGUGCUCGGUGUGGAUGGGGUCAACUUCAGCGUGCACGUGGAGAACCAGACGCAGGUGCGAGACACCAUGAGUCGACGACACCACCGGGUUUACCAGCUCUACAGCCGCACCAGCGGCAAACACGUCCAAGUGCUGGGACGCCGAAUCAGCGCCCGGGGAGAAGACGGAGACAAAUAUGCCCAGCUCGUAGUGGAGGCAGACACCUUUGGUAGCCAGGUGAGAAUCCGGGGCAAAGAAACCAACUUCUACCUGUGCAUGAACCGCCGGGGCAAGCUGGUCGGAAAGAAGGCCAGUAACCGAAGUGCCGACUGCGUCUUUGUGGAAAAGGUCCUGGAAAACCACUACACGGCUCUGAUGUCGGCACGCUACACGGGCUGGUACGUGGGCUUCACCAAACGAGGGCGACCUCGCCGCGGCCCCCACACCCUCCCCAACCAGCAGGAUGUGCACUUCAUGAAGCGUUUCCCGCCUGGGGAGCAACCUGACCUCACCACGCCCUUCCGCUUCACCACCAUCGGCAAGCGAGGCAAGAGGGUGCGCGCUACUGGACCCCGCUAGCGGCGGCUAACCCCAAACUCCAGACUUGACCCGAGCCUGCCGCCGGCCGAACCGGUCAACCGAAAACCAAUCGCAUUCCACCGAACGACUUGCUUUGUCGGGACAAACGUCGAGCAGAAACUUGAUGAAUCAUUCUCGGGGUUUAUCUUUCCACCGACCGUUUUGCCACUACGACCCCGUAGUUGUAGCUCAUUCCUUUCUUUUUCCUCUCCUUUCUGGGACCAACUGGACCCUUGGUGGUCCAUCACUGGAAGCGAUAUGGACCUGGUCUGCUUCCCUUCACAGACCAGAACUAUUGACAGAAUACCUGAAGGGCAGCCAAAAGAGUCCAAGGCUCACGGCUCCACAAAGGCCUUGGUUCCACAGCCACGAAAAACACACAUGGCCUUUUUACAUCUCCUGCUGUGGCCCAGCUGGACAAUAUCAAGAAUGGAAUUACAACUGGAGCGUACAGAGGGAGGACAAAGGUGAAAAGGGGUGAGUGGCUGCUCAGUCGAAAGGGAAAAGACUGCCAUGCGGGCAAAGCGACAGAAGGAUCCGCGCAGAUCGAGGACCGAUAAUGGACUGCUGGCGAGCCACGCACUUAUUCCUCACGCCGGGAAAAUCGGUGGCGACGGAUGGACGGAUAUCAGUGAGGGAACCGGCUGACUGACUCACUCGACACAUGCGUGCGUGUAACGGGACAAAUGAAGAAAUCCAUGCGUGUCUUCUCGUGUGUGUUUGUGUGAAGCUGACUCCAGCGGCACGGACUGAAGUUUGAGGAACUGGAAUGUAUGAAACAACAUGUACCAAAAAAAAAAAAAAAAAAAAUGAAACCAAAAAAAAACAAAAAAAAAACAACAACAACAACAACCAGCCAAUCACAGAACACCAAAGCAUUGAGCAACCAAAGACAACUGAGGGCCUUCUUCAGGACUCCGCCCCUUUUACCAUGACCACAGAGGACACAGCGCCCUCUGCUUGAAGGGGCGGGGGGGGGGGGGGAGGUGCCUUCUCUAUGAGCAUCGCCAUAGAAACGACCCCCGGGGGGAUGAUGCUCGUCUGCGAUGCCGUGGAUACAGAAUGCUGCUACCAGGACAUUCACCAAAGUCUCACGCGUACAACCAGGACAACAAAAUAUUAAAGGGAACAAUUUAUUGAAAGCUAUAUAUAUAUAUAUAUAUAUAUUAUAUAUAUAUAUAAUAUAUAUAUAUAUAUAUAUAUAUUAUAUUAUAUUAUAUAUAUAUAUGUAUGUAUAAAAAGAAGACAGAAACCCGAAAUAAGCAAUCCUACUAUGAUGGUUAGUAUAAUUAUUAUGGUAAAGUUAUUUCAUUUAUUUAUUACAGCUAUGUGUGCAGCAGUCUUUCUCGACUCAGUAAACCUUACAGAACCAUUU